AUGGAAGACCGCAAGAGUGUCGGUAUCAUAGGCAUGGGCGACAUGGGCAAGAUGUACGCCCGCCGCCUGAGCACAGCUGGAUGGAAGGUUCACGCCUGCGAUUUGCCGGACAAGUUCGAUACAUUAGUAGAAGAGUUUCGGGACUUUUCCAAAGUUGAGAUCAUGCAAAGUGGUCAUCUCGUGUCUCGCUGCAGCGACUUCAUCAUCUACAGCGUCGAGGCGAAGAACAUCGAUGCAGUCGUCAAGACUUUCGGCCCCUCUACUAAGGUUGGUGCCAUAGUUGGCGGUCAGACCUCAUGCAAAGCUCCAGAGAUGGAUGCCUUUGACAAACAUCUUCCCAAGGACGUUAGCAUCGUGUCGGUGCACUCUCUCCAUGGGCCCGGUAUAGACCCCAAGGGGCAGCCGUUGGUCCUGAUCAAAUACAGGGCUUCAGACGCCGACUUCGCAUUCGUAGAAAACGUCAUGUCUUGCCUGGGGUCAAAGCAUGUCUAUCUCUCUGCCGAGCAGCAUGAUCGCAUCACGGCGGAUACGCAAGCUGUUACCCAUGCCGCCUUCCUCAGCAUGGGUGGUGCAUGGUUCGCGAACAACCAGUUUCCAUGGGACAGUUCACGCUAUGUCGGCGGUAUCGAGAACGUCAAGAUGAACAUCACCCUCCGCAUCUACUCCAACAAAUGGCAUGUUUAUGCAGGUCUUGCAAUUCUCAAUCCAGAUGCGAAAAAGCAGAUUAAACAGUAUGCCGAGUCAGUGACCGAACUGUUCAAGCUUAUGCUCGCUGGGCAACGGGACGAACUCCGUGAACGUGUUCAUACUGCACGCAAGGCCGUCUUUGGUGACAAUGAGGAUGGCAAGAAGCUGCUUCUACGAGACGAUUUGCUUGACCGAUUCGCCUUAGGCACGAUCCCAGAGAAGAAGCUCAAGAACAACCAUCUCAGUUUACUUGCCAUGGUAGACUGCUGGUGGAAGCUAGGCAUAGUACCUUACGACCACAUGAUCUGCUCGACACCUCCAUCGCGUAUGUGGCUCGGCAUCACAGAGUACCUCUUCUGCAACCCCACGCUACUCGAAGAGGCCAUCGACACGGCUAUCGAUGACAACACUUUCCGCGCCGAUGACUUGGAGUUUACCUUCGCCGCCAGAGACUGGAGCUCGCGUGUCAGUCUGGGUAACUUCGAUGGCUAUCGGGAGAAGUUUGAGGAGAUCCAAAAAUACUUUGAGCCGAGGUUCCCAGAGGCGACCAAGUUGGGAAAUGAGAUGAUCAAGGUCAUCUUGCAGAAGACCCAGGAUACUUGA